AAUUGAAAUUAAAACACAUAAGCCCUAAUCUGGAACCUGUUGCUCUACAAAUGUGCCCUAGUGAAAAUUCAUGAUUGCUUUCUUCUUCCUCUUCUUCCAGCCGACAAAUCGAAGUCUUGGAUUUGGGAAUUCGAUUUUGAGAUUUUGCCGUUACCAAUUUGAAGAAAAUGACUGAUUACGAAGAAGCGCGGUACCAAGGCAACGGAGACAACCUCGAUAACAGUUAUGCCGGAGGUUCUUCACCACAGCCUCGCCCCGAUGAUCAAAACGAUUCCAAAUCUCAGCAAGGAUCUCGGGAUUAUGAGAGGGAGUCCUCUAGAAGUAGGGAAAAGGAUAGAGAGAAAGGGCGUGACAAGGAAAGGGACAAGGACCGUGAUCGCCAUAGGGACAGGGACAGGGAUAGGGAUCGAGAAAAGGAUCGUGAUCGGGACCGCCAUCACAGAGAUCGUCAUAGGGAUCGUAGUAGGGAACAAAGUGAGAGGAGGGAUCGGGGAAGAGAUAGGGAUGAUGAUGAUUAUUACCGGAGUCGAGACUAUGACAGAAGAAGGGACUAUGAUAGAGACAGGGAGGACAGGCAUAGGCGCCGGUCCCGAUCUCGUUCAAGGGGUAGAUCUGAACACAGAUCAAAGUCAAGAUCUCGUUCACGCUCACGCUCAAAGAGCAAAAGAAUUAGUGGUUUUGACAUGGCCCCUCCAGCUUCAGCAAUGUUAGCUGCUGGCGCUGCAGCAGCAGCUGCUGCAGGCCAGAUUCCUGGGACUAGCCCAACCUUACCUGGAGUGUUUCCCAACAUGUUUCCUCUUGCAACCGGUCAGCCAUUUGGUGCUCUCCCUGUAAUGCCAGUUCAGGCAAUGACUCAGCAGGCUACUCGGCAUGCUCGUCGGGUUUACGUUGGAGGGCUUCCUCCUACAGCAAAUGAACAGGUUUUACUCUCUACUGUUGUAGCAUUAUUAUUGUUAUGCUUGCAUAUAAAGCCGAUAGUGACCCUUACUAUUAUAUUACAGUCAGUUGCAACAUUCUUUAGCCAUGUCAUGGCCGCAAUUGCUGGAAACACUGCUGGUCCAGGGGACGCUGUAGUUAAUGUCUACAUAAACCAUGAAAAGAAGUUUGCUUUUGUAGAGAUGAGAUCUGUUGAGGAGGCCAGUAAUGCAAUGGCUUUAGAUGGGAUUAUUUUUGAGGGAGCACCUGUGAAGGUGAGGAGACCUAGUGACUAUAAUCCCUCGCUUGCUGCAACUCUUGGUCCAAGCCAGCCCAAUCCCAGUCUUAAUCUAGCUGCUGUGGGUCUAACUCCUGGUUCUGCUGGUGGGCUUGAGGGUCCAGACCGCGUAUUUGUUGGCGGGCUUCCGUAUUACUUCACAGAAGCUCAGAUCAGGGAGCUAUUGGAGUCUUUUGGGCCUCUUCGAGGUUUUGAUCUAGUAAAAGAUAGAGAAACUGGAAACUCGAAAGGCUAUGCUUUUUGUGUUUAUCAAGACCUGUCAGUUACAGAUAUAGCUUGUGCUGCUCUAAAUGGGAUUAAAAUGGGUGAUAAAACGCUCACUGUUAGGCGAGCAAACCAGGGUGCUACCCAGCCUAAGCCAGAGCAAGAUAGUAUACUCCAGCAUGCACAGCAGCAGAUUGCUUUGCAGAGGCUUAUUUUGCAACCACAAGGUGUGCCUACAAAGGUUGUGUGCUUGACUCAAGCACUUAAUGUAGAUGAUCUCAGAGAUGAUGAGGAGUAUGAAGACAUUGUGGAAGACAUGAGACAAGAGGGUGGAAAAUAUGGUGCAUUGGUGAAUGUUGUCAUCCCACGCCCAAACCCAAGUGGAGAAGCAGCCCCAGGUGUAGGGAAGGUAUUUCUGGAGUACUCGGACGUCGAAGGUUCAAAGAAAGCUCAAGGUGCUAUGAAUGGUCGGAAAUUUGGUGGAAAUCAAGUUAUUGCCGUGUUUUAUCCGGAGAACAAGUUUGCAGAGGGGGAGUACGAUGGCUAAUUCAAUUUAUAUAAAAUAAUAAUAUUCUCUUAGCAUAUUGUGCUUGUGGUACUGAUUUAAUGUUUAGGUGUUUAGUAUUAAGGAAUUUUUGUAAUGGAAUUCCCUGCCUUAACUACGUUUCCAGUAGCCUGGUGUUAAUAUGUUAAAACUAGUUGAGGAGAUGAAUGUGGUCUUUAUUUAUAAUAAUUUUUGAAUUCUUCUUAGGGCAAGGUU